AUGGACUCCGAAGCUUCUUGGCAUCUCUGGAGCUUUGAUGCUCUGCGGACUCCGAAGCUCCUCUGCUCCCGUCCGAUAGCAGCCGGAGGGAAGAGGUGCACCAGCAUGAUGGCGGUCAAGGCCGAGCGGGUCUGGGCUCCAGUACAGGCCCCUCGCCAGCCCGCCAGCGUGCCUCGUGCGCGGCGCCCUCGGGAGACGCGAGCGCCCAGUCUGUCGUUAAUCCCCGUGUCUUUACACCGAAGGCAGAGGCUGACGCCAGCGACAGGGCGCUGCGAGAGCAAGCGCUUCCGUGGUGGUACAGUGGCUAUUGAGACUUCAGGGUACAUAGAAAUCACCGUGGAGAGAAUGAUGGCACGAAGCAGACUGUUUCCUCUGCCUGACAGCUGUGACAGCACGCAGACACACGGCCUUGCUCGCUGUAACGCUGCUGAUACCCUUGCUGUGAGGCAGAAGAGGAGGAUCUAUGAUAUCACCAACGUUUUGGAGGGGAUUGAUCUCAUUGAGAAGAAGUCAAAAAACAGCAUUCAGUGGAAAGGAGUAGGUGCUGGCUGCAAUACAAAAGAAGUCAUAGACAGGCUGAGGUAUCUGGAAGCUGAAAUUGAAGACCUAGAGCUAAAAGAAAAAGAAUUGGAUCAGCAGAAACUGUGGCUUCAGCAAAGUAUCAAGAAUGUAAUGGAUGAUUCUACAAACCACCAGUUUUCAUAUGUCACCCAUGAAGAUAUCUGCAACUGCUUCAAUGGAGACACACUUCUAGCAAUUCAAGCACCUUGUGGUACACAGUUAGAAGUACCUAUACCCGAAAUGGGACAGAAUGGACAGAAGAAAUACCAGAUCAAUCUUAAAAGUAGUUCAGGACCUAUCCAUGUGCUGCUUAUAAAUAAAGAGUCAAGCUCCUCCAAGCCCAUGGUGUUUCCAGUUCCCCCGCCCGAUGACCUUGCACAGCCCCCAUCCCAACCUGCAGCUCCAGCAACUCCCCUGAAACCUGCUGCAGCUCCUCAAAAUCCACCAGAAGAGCGUGAUCUGAACCCAGGACAAGAGUUACCGCAGACAUCAGUUGCGGACACGCCAUCAGACAGCGGCGCGCAGCAGAGCAGUACAACCCCAGCAGCUCCAUACUCCAGCCUUCCGGAGUCGGUGUUGUACCCCAGCCUUUCAGGAGAUGUUGCCCAAGCCACAGCUAGCUCAAAUGACUACCAGAGCUUGCUGCCCCUGGAUGUUAACUGUCUUCUCAAGCCAAACUCGUUCGACAUAGCAAAGAUGGAGGAGCCCGCAGGAAAUAUCGGUGGGGAUAUUAUUGAUGAACUCAUGUCUUCUGACGUUUUUCCUCUCUUACGACUCUCUCCUACUCCCGGAGAUGACUACAACUUUAACCUGGAUGAUAAUGAAGGAGUCUGUGAUCUCUUUGAUGUGCAGAUACUAAAUUAUUAGAUAUUGUGUCAACCAGACUACUUAUCUACCUCUAACUAUAACAUUCUAGACUUCUUCAUAACCCAAGUAUUUGAAUAAUGAAUGUAUAACUUCUUAGUUCACUGACUCUGGGAGUAUAUUUCCUUUUGCUUCCUUUAACUACUUCACAAAACAAAUUCAACCACCAGAACAAAGGGCUUUUGUGAAAAAUUCUGGCACGUUUUUUCACCUGAGUGUCUUCUGUGUAAUCCAAUUAUUUGGAGUUUUCUUUAGUAAGAAAAGUGGAAAUGCUUUAUAGCCUUUUGAUCGUUUUUAAAAAAAUGAUUCGGCUUCUUGCUCACAGUUAACAGCAUUUUCGUUGAAGCUUUACUGCCAAGAAGCUUUCUAUAUAUUUUUUUUUAACUUUUCAAUCAAUUUUGAAGCUUUCACUGCCAAGCUGAAAAGUGAAGGGUAUCAACUUGAGUUAUGCUAAAUUGUUUCAGUGAACCGAUUUUGUGAAGUGCCUUCUGUUUUAGCACUUUAAGUUUCUCACACUGACUUCUGACAUUCCACUUUCCUAGAUGAUAGGAAAGGUCUGUUUGUAGUUUGUAUUAAAGUGUGCCAAUACUUGUAUAUUAACAAGAUUUUUUUUAAUAAAAUUGUACAAACAAA